AUGGAAAUGGCUUUAACGCGAGGAACGAAAGAUUGCAACAUCCAACGGCUGCAGCAAAUGAGUAGCAUUGGGAGAUUCCACGCAAUGGUGCGAGGAACAGCUAUCGAGCACCAUUACGGCUGGAUGUCCACCACGAGCUUCGAGUUUCCAUUCGCCAAAGGCAAUAAGCCACGUGUUGAAAAUGGUGGAGUUCAUGAACGCCUUUGGUGCCGUGGUCAUGAGGGCGCCGUCUACAGGGAUGAACGCCGGUGGGACAAGCGUGCCAUCCGCAGCCGCAGUCAUCACGAUUGUCAGGUGAUAAGCCUCUGCGUUCUCCUCGAUCCACACGCUGCGGGACCCGCGAAUAGCAACGACGCGUUUGGACUGUGUCUUGGUCUUGAAGCUUGUCUCGUCGUCGUUGUAUACCUCCCGCGCCGUACAGUGGAACCCAACAUAGGCUUUUAA